ACACACUUCUAAUAUAAGAAGCUGCGCGAGAAAGCGACGCAGUCGUUGCAUCACAGAGGACACGUAACGGGACUGCCUGACCGGAGGAGACAGACAGUUGGCAGAGAGCAGAGACAGCAGGACCAGGACCACUGGAUACUUUAUGCAGAAGCCUGAAACAAUUGAUUACUGCACAGUGUUGACACAGACGACCAAAUAUAGAGAUGGUGUUCAGAGGCACAAUAACAGAUGCUCCGGACUUUGAUCCGACCAGUGAUGCUGAAGUUCUUUACAAUGCUAUGAAAGGCAUCGGUAGUGAUAAAGAGGCCAUAUUGGACCUGGUCACCUCAAGAAGCAAUGCACAGAGGCAGGAAGUCAUUGCAGCAUACAAAUGCAGCUUUGGACAGGAUCUGAUUGAGGAUCUGAAGUAUGAGCUGACGGGCAAAUUUGAGCGUCUCAUUGUCAGUCUAAUGAGAACCUCAGCCUACCACGACGCCAAAGAAAUCCAUGAUGCACUCAAAGGAGUAGGAACAAACGAGAAAUGCCUCAUUGAAAUCCUAGCAUCUAGAAACAACAGACAGAUUCUUGAGAUGGUUGCAGCAUACAAGGACGCCUAUGGCAGAGACAUGGAGGAGGAUGUGAUCGCAGACACAUCAGGUCACUUUAAGAAGAUGCUGGUUGUCUUACUUCAGGGGACCAGAGAUGAGUCAGGAGUGGUGGACGCAGACCUGGUGGAGCAGGAUGCGCAAGAUCUGUAUGCGGCAGGAGAAGAGCAGUGGGGGACUGACGAGGCCAAAUUCAUCAUGAUCCUGGGAAGCCGCAGUGUGACUCACCUCCGAAUGGUUUUUGAUGCAUAUGAGAAGAUUGCAGAGUUAUCCAUUGAGGACAGCAUAAAGCAUGAGUUGUCUGGGGACUUUGAGAGGCUGAUGCUGGCUGUUGUCCAGUGCAUAAGGAAUGUCCCCAUGUUCUUUGCAAAGCGCCUUUACAAGUCAAUGAAGGGUCUCGGUACAGCUGACAACACCCUGAUCAGGAUCAUGAUUUCUCGCUCUGAAAUAGACAUGUUGGACAUUCGAGAGUGUUUCCGUUUAGCAUAUGAGAAGUCACUUUAUAACAUGAUUAAGGAUGACACAUCAGGGGAUUACAAGAGGACUCUUCUUAAUCUGUGUGGAGGAGAUGAUGAUUUAGCUGGAGAGUUCUUCCCUGAAGCUGCUCAGAUAGCCUACAAGAUGUGGGAAACAAGUGCCAUGACCAAAGUCCAGCUGAGGCCAACAGUCCGCCCUGCACCCAGUUUUGACCCUGCAGCUGACGCUCAAGCUCUGAGGAAAGCUAUGAAGGGAUUCGGAACAGAUGAAGAUGCGAUCAUUGACAUUGUUGCACAGAGAAACAAUGCCCAGAGGCAAGAGAUCAGACAGGCCUUCAAAUCCCUACUGGGAAGGGAUCUGAUGAAGGACCUGAAGUCUGAGCUGUCAAAGAACUUAGAGAGGCUGAUCAUUGGGCUCAUGUUGACACCUGCAGAGUUUGAUGCCAAAAUGAUGAGGAAGGCAAUGGAGGGGGCUGGGACAGAUGAACAUUCUCUAAUUGAGAUCCUGGUCACCAGGAGCAAUGAGCAAAUACUUAACAUGAAUGCUGCGUAUAAGAAUGCCUAUAAGAAGUCUUUGGAGGAAGCCCUUCAUUCGGACACAUCAGGCCUCUUCUGCCGCAUCCUUGUUUCUCUCGUGCAGGGUGCAAGAGAGGAGGGCCCUGCAGAUGAGGAAAGAGCUACUGCAGAUGCUCAGGACCUUGCCGAUGCAUGCAAUGCUGAAUCUGAUGAAAUGGAGAUGAAGUUCAUGAGUAUUCUGUGCAUCAGAAGCUUCCCCCAUCUUAGGAAAGUAUUCCAGGAGUUUGUCAGAUCCUCCAACAAGGACAUUGAACAGGUUAUCAGGAAGGAGAUGUCUGGAGAUGUCAAAAAUGCCUUUUGUGCCAUAGUUCGCAGUGUAAAGAACCAGCCUUCCUACUUUGCAGACCGUCUGUACAAAGCCAUGAAGGGCCUUGGAACAGACGACAGAGCGCUGAUCCGCAUCAUGGUGUCCCGUAGCGAGGUCGACCUUUUCAACAUUCGCAAAGAAUUCAAGGAUACACAUGAUGUCUCCCUCCAUGAAUUCAUCCAGGUAGAAACUAUGAUCGGAGAUACCUCUGGAGACUACCGUAAAACCCUGCUGUUGCUCUGUGGAGGGGAAGAUUAAACUUGUCGAGUCUCUGCAGCUCCGUUCACAGACAAACAAUCAUGAGAAACCACGAGACACAGCCUGAUUGCACAGUGAAACUGCGGUGGUUAAUGUCAGUAUCUGUUGUCACUGUCCCUAAACUGCUGCCACUCCUCAGCCAAACCAAGUGACCUAUGACCUCCCAGCCUUCCAAGCCAGUUCUCUGCUCUCAUGUCUGAUCGCCCUGUCCAUCAGGAUGAUGUCUUUCUUUUCUUUUUUUUACACAGUCAUAUGUAACUUGAAGAUGUUCACGUCCAUGUAGUAAGGUGCUUCACAUUAACAUUUUAUUGGAAAUUAGCCAGUUGAAUAGUGCCUUCAGAUUGCAGGCCGUCCAAUGAUUACUGUGAUUUUAAGGUAUCAUGUAAAAUAAAAUUAUAAAAAAUACAAAGAAAUGUG